AAAGUGCAACUUGAAAGAGUUUUGUGUUUUAAGUAAUUUUUACACAAUUUGAACAGCAUUUAUGUAGGUUUUAAACUGUUAAAAAAUAAGAACGAUAGUGCUCUUUUAGAAGAUAUCAAGUGCACAUCAAUAUUGCCUUAUUUAAUUGUGGCAUUAAACAAAGCCAGAAAAAAAGGAAUCUGCAGUACGACGCAAAAACAAAAAAUGUCUGAAACAUACGACUAUCUGUUCAAGUUUUUGAUAAUUGGCAGCGCAGGCAGUGGAAAGAGUUGUUUGUUGCAUCACUUCAUAGAGAGCAAAUUCAAAGAUGACAGCUCGCACACGAUUGGCGUUGAGUUCGGUUCCCGCAUUGUCAACGUAGGCGGUAAAUCGGUUAAGUUGCAAAUAUGGGACACUGCUGGGCAGGAGCGCUUUCGCUCCGUGACACGAUCAUACUAUCGGGGCGCUGCAGGAGCACUGUUAGUUUAUGACACAACUUCCCGAGACUCAUUUAAUGCUCUAUCUAAUUGGCUUAAUGAUGCUCGCACGCUGGCCAGUCCUAACAUAGUUAUAUUACUGGUGGGAAAUAAAAAAGACUUGGACGAGGCACGCGAUGUUACAUUUCUGGAGGCGAGCACUUUUGCGCAGGAAAAUGAGCUAAUAUUCUUAGAAACGAGCGCGAAGACAGGCGAGAACGUGGAAGAAGCUUUUCUCAAGUGCUCGAAAACAAUUCUAGCCAAAAUUGAUACAGGCGAACUCGAUCCGGAGCGCAUUGGUAGCGGCAUUCAGUAUGGCGGGCCCGCGCUGCGUAAUUUACAAACGCGACAGCGUAGCAUCAACAAACCAGACUGCGGAUGUCGAGUGUAGAAGUUGAAACUUGAAUUUGCACUCGAACAAUUUCUGUAGAUUACGUUAAGCGAGCAAGUUAAUCUCUUUUAAUACCUAACGAUUGUAGCGCUAAAUAUCUAUAUUUGUCUUUGUGUAUGUAGACAGGCAAUGAAAACCUUUUUGGUCAAUCUCUACUGACUAUACUGUGUUUCUAAAACUGCAACAUCAAUUUGUUUUAUCUAUACAUUUAUUUUAUUUCAUUGUUUCUGUUUUUGUGCGAAAUGUAGCAUUCCAAAAUUUUAGAUUAAUUUUGUUUUAGUAUUCGUGUGUAUUUUAACGCUCAUGGCCUUAUGUGUGCAUUUGUUUGAAUCUUCAAUGCUUAUUCUGUUUAUUAGGAUUUUCUGUAUACAAUUUAAGCACUAAAAAUACAAUGAAGAAAACUUAAUAUGUUUUCCAAAGCGCGCUCUCGGGUGUACGCUGGGAAUGUCUAACACUCGUGUUGUACUAACGAUAAUGUAAAUAUAUAAGAAUGUUGAAAGCUGAGUUUAUGCACGCGAUCAAUAAAAAACGCAACUAAACAAUUUGA